AACCACCACAAACAACAUUCCCAACCAUUCAGCAUAACAGCCAUCCUUUGGUCUGUCCAACCAAAACAAAACAAUGGCCACCACUUCUUGUUCACUCAUUUCCUCACUCUUCCCUUCUCCUUCUUCCCCUUCUCCAUUCCCUCGCUCCCCAAACCCCAAACCCACCAUAAUUCACCUUUCAAAGUCCCUCAAUCUCCACACACCCACCCUCUUCCUCCUACGCCCUUCAACACAAACACAAACACUAACACUAACACUAACACCCCUUCUCCCCAAACUCACUAUUCCCAAAUCUCUUCUUCUUCUAUGCACUUCCCUCGCUCUCUCCUUCACUCUCUUCCUCUCCGACGCCGACUCCGCCGCCGCCUUCGUCGUGAACUCGCCGAGGAAGCUGCAGACCGAUGAGCUCGCCACCGUCAGACUCUUCCAAGAAAACACGCCCUCCGUCGUCUACAUAACCAACCUUGCUGUCAAGCAGGAUGCGUUCACGCUGGACGUGUUGGAGGUUCCCCAGGGAUCAGGGUCUGGCUUUGUUUGGGAUAAGGAGGGUCAUAUUGUGACCAAUUAUCACGUUAUCCGUGGUGCCUCUGAUCUCAAGGUCACUCUUGCUGACCAGUCAACUUAUGAUGCCAAAGUUGUUGGUUUUGAUCAAGACAAGGAUGUAGCUGUGCUGCGUGUUGAGGCACCAAAGGACAAACUCAGGCCUAUACCUAUUGGGGUCUCUGCUGACUUGCUUGUUGGGCAGAAGGUUUAUGCUAUCGGGAACCCGUUUGGACUUGACCACACUCUGACAACUGGUGUCAUCAGUGGACUUCGGCGAGAAAUUAGUUCUGCUGCAACUGGUCGUCCAAUUCAAGAUGUUAUACAGACAGAUGCAGCAAUUAAUCCUGGUAACAGUGGAGGGCCUCUCUUAGAUAGUUCUGGAAACCUCAUUGGGAUAAAUACGGCUAUAUAUUCCCCAUCUGGUGCAUCCUCUGGUGUUGGAUUUUCUAUUCCAGUGGACACUGUAAGUGGUAUUGUUGACCAAUUGGUGAAGUUUGGGAAGGUUACAAGACCUAUUUUAGGGAUUAAGUUUGCUCCAGAUCAGUCUGUUGAGCAGUUGGGUGUGAGUGGAGUGCUUGUCUUAGAUGCUCCUCCCAAUGGUCCAGCUGGGAAAGCUGGCUUGCAACCAACAAAGCGUGACUCCUAUGGUAGACUCAUUUUAGGUGACAUCAUAACAUCUGUGAAUGAUAAGAAGGUUACUAAUGGAAGUGAUUUGUACAGAAUUCUUGACCAGUGUAAAGUGGGUGAUAAGGUGAUUGUGGAGGUGUUGAGAGGUGACCACAAGGAGAAAAUCCCUGUGAUUCUGGAGCCAAAGCCUGAUGAAUCAUGAUUAUAUGCAAGCAACUCACUCAUCCAUUCUAUCCUGCAUGUAUAUACAUUUUCAUUUUCAUAUGCCAGCCAGGGAAUGAAUGAAUGCAGCUGUUUUGUUGUGUGUAUUCUUAUCUUUGGUUGUAUCUUGUUUCAUAAACAGGUCCAACUGUACAUAUGUACUAUGGGACUGCCAGCUCAUCAUCCUUCAACUUUCUCACUAUUAAACUAAAUAUAAUUUGCCGCGUCUAUUUGCCCCUAUACAAAUUCACAAAAGGGGUCAUGAU